CCGAGUCCAAAACGGAAAGAGAAAGUACCUGGAAAAUAAGGAAAGAGUCGGGAAAAACCCCCAGAGAACAUGUCGUCCAGCCACAAGUCGAUGAUUCCGCAACGCGUCAAGCAUUCGCUGACGGCGCUUCAUGGUCCAAAUUCGCGGGUUUCCCGCUCGCGCAGCACCUGUCGCCCGUACCGCUUUUCACUGUACCGCUCGCGGCUGCCGCUGCCGAUCGGCACGCUGGCCGCCCUGGUCGAGGCGCGAUCGAGGCGGGACGCGUUGGUGAAAGUGGAGGCGGAAGCGGUCAUCCGCUCGCUGGUGCGACGCUCAAUGCCGCCGGCGGUGCGCGGCAAUCGCACCUCCUUUCGUCGCAUCCAACUGGCGCAUAGUUCGCCCACGGUGGCCAGUGUCGCCUUGGAGAUGAAGCCACGGAUGCGGUGGUCGCAUUGGAAUCAGAAUCAGCAGAGGCAGAGGCAGGGGACGGAGGCGGAGGGGGAGGCGGACCGGCCGCGAAGGAGGACGACGGACCGGAAGUCGCCGCGGUCGCUGCUCGAAUUGGUGGCGGGAAAACGGCAACCGGAUAUGCAACUGCUGCGCUUCCUCUGCAGCGAUCACCGGCUGAUCAAUGUGCCAUGCCGCCUGAUUUACCGCCACUCGGAGGUGAUGCGCCAGCGGGAGGGGGUGGAGCAGCCCAUCGAACUGCGGGCCAUCCGCUCGGCGACGCUGCUGCGCGUGAUCAUGUGGAUGCACCAGCAGAGCGGAACCGGAAAUGGGAACAGCGAAGGUGCUGGGGACAGGGAACAGGCGACUAAGAACAGUCUUGCCACCGAGAAGGGGAUAAUCCAAGAAACUUGUAUUGCCAAAAGCGGAAUGAUCGAAAGCAAUGGCAGCGGGAACGGAAGUAGCAAGAACAGUUGUGAAAAUAGCAGUGAGAACACUCAAAACGAUGGUACAGUCACUCAAAACGAUGGUACAGUCACUCAAAACGAUGGUACAGUCACUCAAAACGAUGGUACAGUCACUCAAAACGAUGGUACAGUCACUCAAAACGAUGGUACAGUCACUAAUGAUAACAAGGAAAGUGCGAAAAAUAAAAGUUGGAAUGACUGCAGUAAAAGCGGAAAUGAGAGUGACGCGAACAGUUGCGAAAAUUGUGAGAACACAAGCCCAAAUGGAAAUGCAGAAUGUAGGAAAAAUCAAAUAUGUAUUGGUUACAAUAAAAGCGGAAAUGACAAAGGUAUUAUAUGCGAAACUAAAGAUAUUGCAAAUGCAGGUUAUGGAUGUGGAAAUGAAAUGACGGAAUGCGAAGAAGAAAGUGGCGGGAAAGUUACCACCGAUAGUGGGAAGACUUGGAUAAAGGCUAUGUGGCUAAACAAUGAAAGCUCAAACGAAAGCGGAAGUGGCACUGAAACAGACACAGAUUUCAUAAAAUACAACCAUAAUGUAAGCGAUGAAGAAAUUAGUGGGAGCAGUGAGGAAGAUAAUAGCGAUGACAGUACACUUAUAAACGAGUACAGUGGCUACAGCAGUGAGAGCACUCUAUAUCAGUUUGUAAAUACCGCCAAAGACCACAAGACAACAAUUAGCAACGAAAUUAGUGGAAACGGGAUCGAAAACGGCAAACAAAAGGUAAUUAACGCAUGUGAAACCAUAAAUGAGAAGCGUGGAGUUUGUACUAGUGGGCAGCCAAAUUUAAGUGAUAGAAACGGAAAUGAAAGUAAUAAAAGAGAAAGGUGCAAGGAGAGGAGUGAAAGCGAUGUCGAAAAUCACCCCGAAGUCAAUGCAAAACGUACUGCCACUGGAUUCCGCAUCAGUUCUUGGGAGGAGCGUCUGUUGGGCAGUGAGCUGCGCCAGCUGGUGGAGCUCAUCCUGGCGGCCAAAUACCUGGGCAUCGACACCCUGACCCUGCACGCCGCCCACUAUUUCGGUGAGCUGAUGAGCCAGAGGACCCGCCUGGAACUGCGCCACAUGCUGCGAAUCAGCGCCUGUUUGGCGGAGGUGCGCCAGGCUCUGGACAAACACCGCACACUGAUCCGGGAGGUCAUGUCAUCGCAGGCCAACAGUCGCGUCCACACCCAAUUGCACGGCCAUUACCCGGCGAGAAGUACACCUGCAAACAGGGAGCAGCUGGACACGAACUUCACACCCGGCGAGACGAGGACAUCCACGAUCAGGCGGCAACGUUGCGGUAGAAGGUUUAGUGGAGGACACCUGGCCAGCGAGCCAAUGGCUCCACUCUGCGCCACCAGACAUCGCCACCAUCAGCAGUGCUUCCACUCCAGGAUUUAGGAAAUCAUCCGCCGAUUAAUUCGAAAACGCUUGGAUUG